AAUUGGUAGCAAAGUUCAAGGAUUGUCAAGAGCACACUUCUCAGACAGAGAGAGAGGUAAUAGCACUCAGGGACUGGGUUUGAGGGACUGAAAUGACUGGAUAAUAUUUGUACUCCGCUGAAAGGGAAUGCAAAUUGAAUGCUGACAGGCUGGCCAGGUAAUUUGUGGGUCUUACAAAACAUUAUUCAAGAAGAAAACAAGCGCAGAACAUGGCAGAGAGCAAGGCCAGCAUCAGCUCGAAAGGAGGGGCCAAUGUGCUUGCUAAACGGGUGCAGAAACAAUUCAACAGAGCACAGGAGAAGGUGUUGCAGAGGUUUGGCAAAUCUGAGGAGACCAAAGAUGAGCACUUCGAGCAGUGUGUGACUAACCUCCAAUGCCAGCAGAGCGAUGGAUACAGAAUAUACAAGGACCUUAAAGCGUACCUCAAUGCUGUCACAGUAAUGAGGGACGCCUCAGGUCGACUCUUUCAGUCCUUGUUUGAUGCCUAUGAAGAUAAGUGGGACGGCACAGAUGAUCUUGGGGCAGUUGUGGAGGGAGAAGACCUUCUGUGGAAAGAUUAUGAGGACAAGCUGCGUGAUCAGGCAUUAAUCACAAUGGAGUCUUACAUGAGCCAGUUUCCAGACGUCAGGGAAAAGGUGUCCAAGCGAAACAGGAAACUCGUAGACUAUGAUUCUGCUCGGCAUCACUUGACAGGACUGCAGAACGCUAAAAAGAAGGACGAUAUCAAAAUCGGAAAGGCAGAGGAUGAGACGAGUGCAGCUAAAGUGAUAUUUGAGGACAUGAACAGGGAGCUGAAGAUGGAACUGCCUCUUCUAUAUGACAGUCGCAUUGGAUGCUAUGUCACAGUCUUCCAAUCCAUCUGCAACCUCAGAGACAUCUUCUACAAGGAACUUACCAAGAACAAUGAGGUUCUCCAGACCGUGAUGAAAGAGCUAAGCACCCAGUAUCCAGAUAAGAGCUUUGUCGUGAAGAACUUCAACCGUGCUGGUUCCUUAAAGAGAAGGUCAUUUAGAGACACGUUGUCCCCAAGAUCACUUAAAAGCUUUUAUGAUUUCCACAUGAGUUACAACCCCAGGGCAUCUCUAAGAAGAGACAACUCCUCCAGUUUUAGGUCUGACAGACAAGCAUAUGGGUCGUACAGCCCUAAGCAGACCAGCCCCAUCAGCCCUUUACCUCUUUAUGAGAACGUCUCUGAUGACAAAGAUGCAAAAGGCAGCCCUACAAGAUUAGAUUAUCCAUCAGAGGAAGGAACCUCGCCCCACGAGCCUCAGCUGGACAACACCAGCUCUUCUGAAGAUAAACCAGCGGAGGAAGACAAGAAAACCAAAAAGAAGGAGUCCUCGCAAGCCUCCGAUCAAGAGCUGCCAAACCAGGAGGAGACUUCUGAGGAGGACAGUGAUGAGAGUGAACUGAAACCAAACUCAGAUAUCACUGAAAGCUCCAAGAUCAAAGAUCAAAAAUCACCUGAGAAGGUGGGCGACGGUGGGCCUUCGGGGUUGGAGAAUAAUAUAGCUAACGACAUUAAAUCAGAUGUGGAACAAGCUGAGGCUUCAAACAAUGCUCUUACCAAGGGUGACCAUCCAUCAGGAGAGGUAAAGGAGGGAGCGACAACAGAGGCCCCUAAAUAGCAGACAAAAAGAGAAGACGCACUGAUUAUCGGCAAUACUGGAUUCCGACUUAACACAGGAUGUAAAAUGCUGUACUCUUGUCUUUUCUUUUCAUCCUUGUUCUUUGAGAUGUGUUUUCAGAGAAAUAUUUAAAUUCAGGGUUUUAAUUCAAGAACAGUUUCUUUUAGAAUAGAAUCACGUUUGUGGAUUGUCUUUUAUAUGUGGUGGUCUUCCUUAAGCAUUUUAAUGUUUUUAGAUACAUAACUCAAUAGCCUAUUAGACCAAGCUGUAUCUAAUUGAUCAAAGUAAACAACGGAAAUGUUGUAACGUACUUGACAAUCAUCCAUUAAUAAAUAAAUAAAUAUUUUACUUGCCAUUCA